AUGCUGGCCUUUGUUCUGCGCAUAUCCCCAGUUCUCCCCUCAGGCAGGCCACUUCCCAACCCAAGCCGGACACGUGACCCCGUGGCUGAGAUUUCAUCUCCUCUCUUCCCUCCUCCUCACCUUCCUCAUUUUUCAGCCAGCCCACUUCCCACCCAAGCCAGACAUGCUGAGCUGGCAUGUGCUGACGUGGCACGGGUGCGGCUGCAAGGCGUGUUUGCAGAGUUUGAGGAGGAGCCAGUUUGGUCUGCAUUCAUUGCCCAGCUUUUCUCCCCUGCUGCCGUGCUGCCCAUCCCCAUGCGCGCGCCAUCAGCUGUGCCAGGUGCGCGUGCGGGUGGGCAGGCAGAGCGAGGAGCAGCGGCGGGCGGCGUGGGAGGAGCAGCACGAGUGGGAGCAGCACUCACUCCCUGGGCAUGCACGGCUGCUUCCUUCCUCAAGGUAGCGCCACAGCAGGGAAUCUUCCCCUCAAGGUGGCGUGCAGCAGCCGGGCUCAAGCAUCCGAUGCAGCCUCAGGAGACGGCGGUCUCAGAAACCUUUCCGUCACCCGUGCAGCUUCCUCCCUCGCUUGCUCUUCCCCUGCGUUCCCCCCUUCCCUCGCCCCUUGCCCACCCACUCCUUCUCCGUCUGACAUAUUCCCCUCUGCCCCACUGCCACUCCCUGUACCAACACCAGCACAACCCCUUGCAUCGCUCUCACUCAAUCCCAUCACAGCUCCCCUGCCCCCCCUCUUCCCCGCCCCCAACUCCCCUCCUCCACUGUCCUUUCUUUCCAUGUACCCUUGCGUCUGCUCCCACCUCCUGUGAGCUCAAUGCCACGCCGUCUCCUCCCACUGCUGCCACCCUCGGCACCGCUCCUGGCUGCUGGGUGGGGAGAAGCGGGAGACCGUGGUGGGACACAGAUAGUAAGGGUGUUGAUAAGGAGGAGUGA